UUUGCCUCAGAAAAGUUAGACAGCAUCAUACAAAGGAAAUGCAGUACAGUGGAGAGACCUUUGUUCUAGUACCAGCUACUGAUCCACAAGAUGCUCAUCUAUGACCUUAGGACCUUGACUUUCAACAGUAUGAAGACUACAAUUUUUUCCCUUCUCAUCUGCAUCUGCCUUCAGCAGCUGAUGGUCCCAGUGAAUACUGAUGGGACCUUAGAGAUUAUCGUGGAGAAAAAGGUCAAGGAGCUUCUCGCCAAUCGAGAUAACUAUGCCCCCACUGUAAAGAAGACUCUCUCUUGCACUAGUGUCAAGUCUAUGAACAGAUGGGCCUCCUGCCCAGCUGGGAUGACUGCUACUGGAUGUGCUUGUGGCUUUGCCUGUGGAUCUUGGGAGAUCCAGAAUGAAAAUACUUGCAGCUGCCUGUGCUUACUCAUCGACUGGACCACUGCCCGCUGCUGCCAACUGUCCUAAGAAUGAAGAGGCGGAGAACCCAGCGUUGAUAUGAUGAAUCUAACAAAACUUCAAUCUCAACUUGGAGAUCUGGCUCAUGUGCCUUUGACGUGUUCAUAUUGCCCAUUGACCCUGCUUCUUGAAAAAUAAAGACAAAUUUGCAUGUA